AUGUCGGCGCCAUCCAGCAGAAUGAACUGUUAUGAGGUCUUAGGCAUCGCCCAAGACGCAGAUCUCAAGGAGAUCAACAGUGCGUACAAGAGACUGGCCCUGCAGUAUCAUCCAGACAAAACUGGCGGCGACAAUGUCUCUGUGGACGAAUUCCGCAAGAUCCAACAAGCCGUGGAGAUCCUCCGCGAUCCCACCCGCCGCGUCCUCCACGACGAGGAGCUUGACAAACGCUCCCACGCGCCGUUCGUGCAUCAACCCCAGCCAACCCGGGACCCGUUCGCGUUUGGAGGAGGAUGGGCGCGCGACCCACACCAUACCAGCGAAGUGUCCGACCUGGCGGAUCCUCACUAUAGAGGCUGGAGACCGCAGCGAUACAAUUGGUGGACUGAUCGCUAUAUGUUUAGUUAUAGCCAUAGCGUCCAUAUGAGCCCCGACGAGCAGGACUCCGUCGAUGAGCGAGCCCGCAGUGACCGCAUGCGCAGAGAGUAUGAAGAAUGGAGACAGUCUCUUUUCGGGGACGAGCGUGCGGGACAGGCCAGGAGCAGGGAGGCCAUGUCAGCCAGCGUCAUGCGUGACGAGGAAGAGCUGCGGCGUGCUGAUGAUGAGGCGAGCGUGGAAGGCCAUCAUCCCAUGGAUGCGGCCCAUGCUAGCCUCUUUUCUCACGGCGUCGGCGACGGCUCUCAUGAUUGGGAAGAGAAGCAGUCUGCGGGUGAGGUUCGCGUUGGCGGAACUCGCAGGUCUUCGGCUGGACAGCAUCGUGGAGACCAGGUGCAGCAGUCUUCUGGAGGCGCACGUACUGAUGAAGAUGGUCUCAGUGGAAGAGUCCAUGAGCAGGCCCAGGUCGACCAUCAGUCUGUUGCUUCGACCUGUGCCUCCUUCACUGAAUAUGAAACCGCCAGAGACAGCAGUUCGGAUGACGGAACCGUUUUUUAUGAUUGCAGGGACUUUGAAGAUCAGAGUCACCACACCAGUGACGACGUGAUAGUUGGCGAAGCCCGUGUUGAACACCAAGCGGAGGAACAGGAUCAGGCCUCUCACGCAGCCACUCCUGCGGACAACUACUCUACAAACACCCCUUCUGAAGCUGCUACAUCCGCCGUGUCCUCUGAACCCGCAUCCACCCAGCCGCGGACCAAUCUUACCUAUGAACAGGUGACUUACAGAGACACGCUGGAUCCGCUCAACACAGAAAGCGAGUCUCCCCUCGCUCCCUUCAUCCCCUACUUCAACGCGAAGCUCAACGACCCCAGUGGCAGAUACACACCCGAAGACCUCAACAUUGAAAUAUGCGGUCUGAUCCUAGAGACCUACUGCGGCUGGCUUGAGGAUCUCCGUCUGCGUGUUCCUGGUGCGAGGCCUCUCGAGACCGGUCUACACCCGCAGCGCUGCUCUCACCUGGGAUUCUGGGAGAAGGAUUUCAGACCGAUUGAGUGUGAGGCGUGUCAUCGCUGGAUGCCGAUCUAUACCUUAACCUGCCCUGGCUGUGGAAUCAAGGCUUGUGUGUCCUGCAAGUUUGAGUAUGCGCAGAUGUGA